AAUAACUUCACGUCUAUCAACCACAAGAAUGGCGGAUGACAAGGUAGGUUCGCUCGAAGACGAGGCACUCAAGAGAAAGGAGCGUCUGCAAGCAUUGAAGAGAAAAAUUACUGACGAAAAUAAAGAGCAGGGAAAAUCAGAGGGUUCAACUCUACCCAAACCAAAAUUUCGCAGUUACAAACCUCAGGAUGAUAGCUUGCGAGAACAAGUAUUGGACGAAGCUAAGCCCGGAGAUGUUGAGAGCGAAGUGAAGGAUCAACUGAGUGCUGCUAAUUCAAAAGUUGUGAUUGAGGAACUUGAUAUAAGCAGCUUGGCGCCGCGGAAACCUGACUGGGAUUUGAAAAGGGAUGUUGCUAAAAAACUUGAAAAGCUUGAGAGGCGGACUCAGAAAGCUAUAGCUGAAUUGAUACGCGAGCGUUUAAAGCAGGGCCAAGAAAAUCUUGCGUCCAUAGUCAAUAUGGCACCGAUCAACUCUUCCAAACUAAUUGCAAAGGCUAAACCCAACGAAGAAGAAUAGCAAUAUAGAAUAAGUGAAAGUCAUUGACAAUUGCAUUGAGUAACACUUAGUUCGUAUUUGAUUGCGUGGAAUCAGCAAAUUGUAUCGAAGCAAUUACAUAUGUAUAUACCAUUUUCAAGUACUUUGACACCUGGUAAACUACUAUGUAGGAUUACAGAUUUUCGUUACAAUUUGCGUGUAUAUAGCCAUUUUUAAAUCAGUGAGAUAUCCUGCUUAGACAUUCUAAUUUUAAAUGAGAGAAGAAAUCUUAAUUUUGUAGAAUUUGUUUUCAUUCCAGAACGUUCAUUCGUUUAUAUAUACCUAUAAUGAAUAUCAAUUAUCUACGAAUUAUAUGAACUGAUGAAACAUAGUGUGAAAAUAUAUGUAAUAAAUUUACUGAAU